CAUACAACCGAAGCUCAUGUGACCACACCUAUAACUUUUGGAUUUACAUCGACCUCUCCAAUUCUUCCAAUCCUCUUUCCAUUCGCCGCCUCAUUUUCUCCUUCUCGUAAUUGUACUAAACGCCCAUUUACAAAUUCGCAAUCAUCAAUUUAUCUCCUCGAUUUAAUAGUUCUUUUUCUUGGUUUCGCUUUUCGUGUUUGAUUAGUAAUUUUCUAGGGUUUGAAUUAUGGCGCCGCCAGGAGAAACGCCGUCGAACAAUCUAUGGGUUGGUAAUUUAGCCCCUGACGUUACCGAUGCCGAUCUAACUUCUUUGUUCCAGAAGUACGGCCCGCUUGAUAGCGUAACCUCAUAUUCCUCUCGCGGAUUCGGUUUUCUGUAUUUCAAAAACAUCAAUGAUUCUAAGGAGGCUAAAGAUGCACUACAAGGAUCCUUCUUUCAUGGCAAUGCACUUAGGAUCGAAUACGCUAAGCCGGCAAAGCCAUGCAAAAGUUUGUGGGUAGCUGGGAUUAGCAAGUCUGUGUCAAAAGAAGAAUUGGAAGAUCAAUUCAAGGGAUUUGGUAAAAUUCAAGAAUAUAAGUUCAUCAGGGAUCGCAACACCGCAUACAUUGAUUUUGCUAGAUUGGAAGACGCAUCAGAAGCGCUGAAGAACAUGAAUGGGAAAAAAUUCGGUGGUGAACAGAUUCGUGUGGAUUAUCUCAGGUCACAACCUACAAGAAGAGAGCAAGGACCAGAGUUCAGGGAAAUGAGGGACGGACUGUAUCCCAAUAGGAGCAUUGGCCAUCCUGACACUCGGCAUAUGCCUCAAGAUUUUGUAAGGAACUACUCUGAUCCUAUGCAGGCUGGUUUCAGAAGGCAACAUUUGCCAGUGGGACAAAGAGUAGAUGGACAACCUAGUAAAGUAUUGUGCAUAAGUUAUCCUCCCUCUGUCCAUGUUGAUGAAGACAUGCUACACAACGCCAUGAUUUUGUUUGGUGAGAUUAAUGGAAUAAAAACAUUUUAUGAUAGGAAUUUCUCGUUGGUUGAGUUUAGAAGUGUGGAGGAAGCCCAGCGUGCUAAAGAGGGCUUGCAGGGCAAGCUUUUCAAUGAUCCGAGAAUCACAAUUGAAUAUUCCAGCAGUGGUCCUGCACCCGGCAGAGAUUUCUUGGAGUAUCACCCUUCAAGUAUAGGCUCAAAAACUGACCCUUAUCCCAAUGAAAAUCCAUUCCAACCAGCACAAAUGGGCAUGUUUGGCCAUAAUCGCCCUAUGUUGGCCUCUAGUGUACCUGCACGUUUGCCACCUUAUGGUAUUCCUGGUCCUGACAUCCCAACUAGGCCUUCUGGUAUGCAAGGCAGGUUUGAUGGUAUUUCAGUCCCAGAAUUUACUGAGUUGCCAGUGCCCAGUAAAUUGCGAGAUACAAGUCCACAUAAUGUGAUGGGGGGUCCAAACUGGAAGCAGGCAUCUCCAACACCAGGGGUGCUUUCUUCUCCUUCAGCUGAGCAGAAACCACCUAGCAGAUCUGCCAUAGCUGGCUGGGAUGUAUAUGAUCAAUCUAGCCAACUUCAAAGGGAAACUAAAAGAUCGAGGAUUGAUGGCUCAUAUGAUAGUUCCUAUCCUCAUAAAAGAACAUGCGAUCGAGUUCCUGUGGUGGAUGAACAAUAUGGUUUGGGUCCAUUUGCUAACAAUGUUCCUUCAGGUCCUGUUACAGUCAGUCAAGCAAAUAACAGUGUUAGUCCUCUGGAUAUAAGAAUUUCUCCUGGACAGCAGCUCCAAGCUGGCAAUGACUAUAUAUGGCGUGGCGUUAUCGCCAAGGGUGGAACAUCUGUGUGCCACGCGCGCUGUGUCCCUAUUGGGGAAACUAUAGAAUGUGCGAUCCCUGACGUAAUCAAUUGUUCAGCCAGAACAGGAUUGGACAUGUUAACUAAACACUAUGCAGAUGCUGUCGGGUUCCAAAUUGUUUACUUCUUGCCUGAUAGUGAAAAGGAUUUUGCUUCAUAUACAGAGUUCCUGAGGUACCUGGGUUCCAAAGAUCGUGCUGGGGUUGCAAAAUUUGCUGAUGGAACCACCUUGUUCUUGGUGCCACCUUCUGACUUCCUUACAAAGGUUCUGAAGGUUGUUGGUCCAAAACGUCUUUAUGGGGUGGUUUUAAAGUUAGCACAUCAUAUACCUAGUGAUACAUCCUUGCCACCAGAUUCCAAUCAACCUCAGUAUGUUGAUGCAUCACGGAUAACAUCCUCUCAGGCUGUGUAUGAUGCAAUGCCAUCUGUGGGAAGGAUUUCACAGAUGGACUAUAAUCAAGUUCCCCGAGAAGGUGUGAAGCUGCCUUCAAAAGAAUAUGUUUCUCUAACUGCUGCAUACCCCACAAAUCCUGUGCAGCCAAGUAAUACGGCAGCAUACCCCUCAAAUCCUGUACACCAAAGCAAUACUGCCAUACCCACCCAAGCAGGGGUUUCUUUAUCACCUGAACUUAUUGCAACCCUGGCAAAGAUGCUACCAGCUAACCAGUUACCCAGCGUGGAAGGAACAACCAUGCCUGCAGGAGCUUCUGCUGGCAUGCCUGCAUUGGAUGUCGCUGUUGCACCUGGUAAAGUGCAGCAACAGUCUUGGAGAUAUGAACAACAAGCUCCUGGUCAAGCUGCCGAUCAGAUGGCUCAGUUUGGCAGCCAAUUUAACAGCCAAACACAGGUUUUAUCACAGCUCCAAGCUCAUCCACAAGCCUUGAAUGUGUCUAACCAUUUUUCUCAAGGGGCCACUAGUUUUAGCCAAAUGCAAGAGCAUAACCUCAACCUGCAAGCACAAAGCGGUCCUCCUCAGGCGUUGACCUCGACCAUCAUUUCUCAAGGUGCACAGCUCUCAGCCCAACCCCAUGUUGAUCGGCAUCUUCAGCUUGGAAGCCAUCAAGAUGUUGCAAGUGGUUCUGGGAUAGCUCAUGGCACAGAUGUCUUGGGACAUUAUGGUUCAUAUGUUCCUCAACAACAAACAAAUCCUGCAUCAUUGCCUAACCAGACUCAUGGUGCUAAUGUUUCCCAGUCACAGGAGGGCAUGCCUGUUGCCUCUGGGACGGGGCUUGCAACUCAAAUGCAGCAGUUGCAAUCUGCGCUUUAUGGUGGGUCAGCACAGGAGGGAUCAGAAUCAGAGGCUGAAAAGAAUGAACGCUACCAGGCAACACUGUUAUUCGCAGCUAAUCUCCUCUCUAAGAUACACAACCAGAAGCCAAGUAGUCAAAAUGGGCAAGGGUCAGACAAUCAUUGAGAGGAUCUCCUUGAGCUAGGUAGGGAUGACAAUCGAGGCAGGUCAAAGGCUAAAUGGGGUGAGACUGGUUUAAAAAAUUUCUAUCUUCGGAAAUUAAACAGGGCAGGACAGAGAUGGUAGAUCGGGUCUAAGCUUAGCCGUAGUUGUUUAAUGUAACUUCUCUUAAAAGUGAAGCAAUUUUUACUUAAUUGUUGGUUUGCUAGCGCAUGUUCGUGACUGUUUUUUUACGAGUUUGGGACACAGUCAAACUCCUAUAUUUGCUCUAGAAGGAAUUGUUUAAUAGUCUAUUGCAGUUUCAAAAAAAUAUUGAUUUUCUUAAUCUGAGGGGUAGUGGGAAACUUGUUCAACCACAAAUGUUGGUCUGAUGUUUGUGAUCAACCACAAAUAAUUUUUAAGUUUUUAA